GGGAGCAUGGCAGACACGGAGUCUCUGGGCUUCCGAGACUUCGGGCUGGACCCACGGAUCCUGCAGGCCGUGGCCGACCUGGGCUGGGCCCGGCCCACGCUGAUCCAGGAGAAGGCCAUCCCACUGGCGCUGGACGGCAAGGAUCUCCUUGCGCGCGCCCGCACGGGCUCGGGGAAGACGGGCGCCUACGCCAUCCCCGUGCUGCAGCUGCUGCUCCAUCGGAAGGCGACAGGCCCGGCCGUGGAGCAGGCGGUGAGAGCCCUUGUCCUGGUGCCCACCAAGGAGCUGGCCCAGCAGGCCCAGACCAUGAUCCAGCAACUGGCCAGCUACUGUGCCCGCGACAUCCGGGUGGCCAACAUCUCGGCCACUGACACGUCGGCCUCGCAGAGAUCUGUGCUAAUGGAGAAGCCAGAUGUGGUGGUGGGGACCCCCUCGCGCGUCCUCCAUCACCUGCAGCAGGACAAUCUGAAGCUCCGAGACUCUCUGGAACUGCUGGUGGUGGACGAGGCAGAUCUUCUUUUCUCCUUUGGCUUUGAGGAGGAGCUCAAGAGUCUUCUCUGCCACUUGCCCCGCAUUUAUCAGGCGUUUCUCAUGUCAGCCACUUUCAAUGAGGAUGUUCAAGCACUCAAGGAGCUUGUCCUGCACAACCCGGUUACCCUCAGGCUGGAGGAGUCCCAGCUGCCAGGUCCAGAGCAGCUGCAGCAGUUUCAGGUGUUGUGUGAGACAGAGGAGGAUAAGUUUUUACUGCUCUAUGCCCUGCUCAAGCUGUCGCUGAUCCGGGGCAAGUGCCUGCUCUUCGUCAACACUCUACAGCGCAGUUACCGGCUGCGCCUCUUCCUGGAGCAGUUCAGCAUUCCCAGCUGCGUGCUCAAUGGAGAGCUCCCACUACGCUCCCGGUGCCACAUCAUCUCCCAGUUCAACCAGGGUUUCUACGACUGUGUCAUCGCCACAGAUGCCGAGGUCCUGGGUGCCUCUGUUAAGGGCAAGCGUCGAGGCAAAGGGCUGAAGGGGGACAAAGCCUCCGACCCUGAGGCAGGCGUGGCUCGGGGUAUAGACUUCCACCACAUCACUGCUGUGCUCAACUUUGACCUCCCACCGACCCCCGAAGCCUACAUUCAUCGGGCGGGCAGGACUGCCCGUGCCAACAAUCCAGGCACCGUCCUGACCUUCGUGCUCCCUGCUGAGCAGUCACACCUGAGUGAGAUGGAGGCGAUGCUGGGCGGAGAGCCUGGGGCACCCAUUCUGCUCCCCUACCAAUUCCGUAUGGAGGAGAUUGAGGGCUUUCGCUACCGCUGCCGGGACGCCAUGCGCUCAGUCACCAAGCAAGCCAUCCGGGAGGCAAGGCUGAAGGAGAUCAAGGAUGAGUUGCUGCACUCAGAGAAGCUCAAGACCUACUUUGAAGACAACCCCAGAGACCUGCAGCUUUUGCGGCAUGAUCUGCCCCUGCACCCUGCUGUGGUGAAGCCGCACCUGAGCAAUGUCCCUGACUACCUGGUUCCCUCUUCUCUUCGUGGCCUUGUUCACCCUCACAAGAAGCGGAAGAAGCUGCCUUCCUUCAAAAAGGCCAAGAAGAAGAGCCAGAACCCGCUGCGCAGCUUCAAGCACAGGGACAGGCCUAGGCCAACUGUGAAGCCCUCAUGAAUCCUGGGACCAUGCGGAGGGCAGAUGUGUGGACAGCUGGACUUUGUGCACUCCUGCCCCAGACAGACUCACUUUGGGCCAGGCACAGCUGUGGGUCGUGAUCCUGCCAACCAGCAUUUGGCCCCUGGAACGGAAUAAAGAUUUUAGCUGCCCAGU